UGUUCGCCGGGAUGGUCACACUGGAAUGUCAGAACACAUCGAUGGCAAACGCCGACGGCAUUCACUGUCGCCGGUGUGCGGCUCUUAUGGAUGGUAAUAGUGUCUUUAUCUUCUUGUUUUUACUCCCCCUGUGUUCUUGUUAGUUUUGUAACCGCGAAUCUUGAGGUAUCAAUUUCAAUACAUUAGAGAGAUCGUCCCUUUCCUCGAAUCUACGUCCACGUCAGUUUAGCCUAUAUAAAAUAUUUGUCAAAUCUAAAUACCUAGGCCUGAUACCGAAGUGCUAUAAAAUAAUGCCUUGACGAAGUUACGUUUCAGUACAAACAUUGGUAAUUAAAAAAAUGUUUACUUUACUACAUUAGUCACGUCUAAAUUGGGAUUGGGGAGGUAGACUUAAAAUGUGUGGUGAAAGUAUGGCUUAUUUAAUGUUAUUGAGUGUUAAGGAACUAAAUUAUAUUAUUACAUUUAAAGGAUGCAUUUCUUGCCCAUCACCAGUCUGUGCAACUCUUAUUGUGCCUGCUGCACAGUGUGCCUUCUGAUUUAACCCAUUUAGCCUACUUUAGCUAUUGCGGACAGGCUUUUACAUGUGUUUGUACUUACAAUUAUUGCCAGGUCACCAAAAGUGGAUCAAUACAGUUUAUUGACAUAUAGGCCUAUUGCCAUGCAUAUUCGUCAGUACUGAAGACCUGGAUCAGAGUAGCAGCAAAACAAAGGGCAUUUUUAUCAGAACUGUUGAGAAAUUCUCAUGAAGGUUUUAGAGUCAGCAUAAGAUCUUUCCAAUGACAAUACCCCUCAGAACCCCUUCUUUGAAGGUUGCUUUUAGAAACAAUGUUAUUUCUACUCCCAACACGGUAAGAAAUCCAAAUAUAAUAAAUCAAAGUGAAAAUUUGAGAUAAGAUUUUCUUAUUUUAAAAUAAUCCCACCUUGACAUAACUUCAAAGGAUGUUUAACCAAGCCAAGUAUUUGCUGAACCUUGCGAUUUUCCAAACCAAAAUAAUGUCUUAUUGUCGUGUAAGUAUCGUGUGUCAUAUGCUGACUGCUCUGGCAGUCAAAAUGAACCUGAAACCUUAGGGGACUUCUUCAGCAUGUGAGGAUUAGGGCCAGCAGACACUCUUAUAGAUGCCUGCUGUAAGUGAGCCAUACCUGACACGCAUAUACUUUUCUAAAUCCCCCCGAAUGUUAUUACCCUAAACACCUGACUUCUGUUAUGGCAGAGGCAAUAUUUGCCAGAUGAAGGACCUCAAUGAAGGUAUUUAAUAAAAUACUAAUACUGAUGCUAAUCAGAGGGAUUUGUUUGCCACCUGUGUAGCAGUGUGGGUUCCCUCUUAAGUCCACUUGAGUCAGUUUAGUUUCAGCCGCUCCCUUGAUGCACAGCUUUGCUAAAAUAGAUGCUAUGGAAUGAGUAGCAGACAAACUUAUCCCUGGGAAACUUUGUGUUGAUUCAAACAUUUCAGCUGGCUUAUGUCUCUCUUGUGUCUGAAGAGGAAGUGCGUAUGCGGCAGUGCCAAAUCAGCAACGGAAGGAAUUCCAUCGCCGAGUCGAGACGCUCACUCAAUAUUGGAUGCACAAAUGAAUUAAAUCCGGUGUCUCGUAAACACAGUUAACCAAGAAAGGGCCAAUUCUCUCUUGAACAAGCUUUUCAAUAGAAACCUGAAUAUUGUCUUUAUUUUCAUUUAUUUUAAGUUAGAUUUUGGUUUGACUUGGACAUGGACAUGGCAGUUUAAACAGGGGAUCAGUAGAGGAAGACAAACAAAUUGAUAAACAAAACAACACCAAAGAAGGAGGCUGUCUCCAUGUACCCCCUUGCAUGUUUUCCUCUCACUAGCCACAUCUCAUGUUUUAAAAAGGAGGGGAAAAAAGUUGCGAAAAAUAUCCACUCUCACUUCCUCUAUUUAUGUGGUUUUGCUGUAAGUGACAGUUUGGGCUCUCCUGAGCUAGCUUCAAAGACAAGCCAUGCUCACACAAGAAUGUGUGUCUGAGACAGAUGCGUUUGCUCCUCAAACUCUCUCUUUUUUUUACGAGCUCCUCCACAUUCCUGCACUCUUGUGCUGAAGAACUGCAAUCAGCCAAUGGGAAGGCUUGUUUUAACAGAGGGGGGUCUGGCAAGGCCUCUUUAAUCAUCUAAGGUGGCCCAGGUUCCCCAGUGGGCAGUGCCUCCCGUAAGAGAUGCCAGCGGAGGCCAGGGUACAUGAGGACAGACCUGCCCCGACAUCUGGGCACCACCAAAGGGGAGGAGGACAGAGCGCCCGGUCUGCCCAACGCCUCUGCUUCUUGCGCCAGGAGAGGUGGCCAAGUUAAUGGUGUUUCGCCCAUCAAGGCCAAGUGUCAUCGACCACUGUCUGCAGAGGAGCAAGCAGACUCCCAAAACUAUCAGAUAAGGGGCUUUUCUUCCUCUCGUGAAGGCAGCUGUUCUGGCAGGAACUUGUCUAGUUCAGGCUCGCAGUCCUGCUCCUCGUACCACUCAGGAUCUCCCCAGACCUCCCCACUGAAGGAUACUUUUAACUCCAGCUUCAGCUUCAUUCAGAUGUCCCUGGAUGCAAGGGAGAGCUUGGAUGAAAUGUUUACUGACUCUCUGUCUAAAGACUCCUUAGGUCAACAGGCACCUGAACCUCCUUCAUGUACACUUAAUUCUCUAGCACUUGACCAUGCACUAGGUAGCACACACAGACCCAAGCAAACAGGGCCUGAGUCAACAAUAAGGGACCAAUCACCAUUGAGAUCUAGAACUUCUGACCAAUCAUGGACCAGUUCUCAGUCCACAAACCAAAUGUCAGGCACUCGGUCAGUCCCUGGAGGGUUAGCCUCUGAGGCCCCUGCCUCUGUCCCUGGUAAGCGGGUAGAGAAGGUGCAGGAUUUGUUCCUGGGGGGUGAGUUGUGGACAGGGGCUGAAGUCAUGCCCUGGAGCAGCAGUGAGAGGAUGUCCCCCUCCACGGCCUCGGGAGACGCGAGGGAGAGUCCCCCUGACUCGGACAGCUGUUCCCUGGAUACCGAGGCCACGUCCUCCCUCUCCAUAGACUCAUCCGAUGCCGCCUCCGCGUCCUCGCUGACCUCAGGGUAUGAGAGCACCACUCCAUCCUCUGACCAGACCUGGGACGCUCUCCUAAAGAAGUAUGAUGGUGUGCUGCAGGAAUGCCUGCAGAGCACCCGAACAAAUACUAAGGUUGAAUCCAUGAUGGUGAAGCUUUACAGACUACAGCAGAAGGCAGUGCUGGAUGAUGACUAUGAUUCAGCGGAGCGCUUUGGGAAGAAGUUGGAGGAGCUGAGGAGAGAGCGGGCCUCCCUGCAGCCGGGCCUCCCCUCCAGACACCCCGCCGUGUGUGGCCUCCUGGACCGGCUACGCACAGCUGUGAACAGCGCCCUCCAGCGGACAAACACAGAAUGCAGGGAUACGGCAGAGACUUCUGGAUGUCCUGACGCUCCAAGCAGCACAGAGAGCUCCCAGCAGAAGAAGGAGCAUCUGCUUCAGGAGAAACAGCUCAUUGAAGCCGAGGUCCGUGAGCUCCGAGCACGGCUGGCUGAACUUCAGGAGCGCGGUGCUGCUCUGCACGAGCAGAUCGCCCAUGAGGAGCAGCAGCAGGAGCUGGAGGAGGUGGAGGGCCCCGUGCUGCACAGCUGCGACCCCGCACACCUCCGGCAGAUGGGCCGUGCCCUGGAGGACCUGCUCACCUCACAGCACCGCACUCGCAUCUGCCUCUCGCCCCCACCCCUGCUCAACAGACUUCAGGAGCAGGAACAGGCACUGAGUCUAUCCAUUAAGGAGGCCACGGCCAAGGUGAUGAUGAGCCAGAGGUUAGGGGCCAGCCUCAGGAGGAAGGUGAGCGAGAGCGAGACCCAGCUGCUGGCUCUCCACGAGGCCAAAUUGGCCGCCAUCUCAGGGAACGACUUCAGCAGCGCGAAGGCGCUGAAGGCGGAGAUGAAGGCUGUGUACGGGGAGAGGGACCGGCUGGAGGGGCUGGCCAAGAAGCUGCAGGCCCUGAGUUCGGGAAGCUCCCAGGACCUGGCCCGCAUGAAGGAGCAGCAUGGCCAGCUCAAGCAGGACCUGGAGCAGGGCGAGGUCCAGCACGAGAGGAUUCUGAAAGAAAACACGGCAAAGUACAUCGAGCUUCUGGAAGACAAACUUCACAGCUGUGGAAGCCCAGCUCUGGAGCGCGUGUGGGAGGCGGACCUGGAGGCCUGCCAUCUCAUCCUGAGAAGUCUGCAGCUCCGCACCCCUAGCUGCUCGGGGCCUGACAGCGAGGAGGUCCCCCCCGCACUCGACCAAUGUCCACUCACCCAGACGUGCACCAAAGCAGAGGCGGACUGCGCCAUGUUGACUGCCCUGGGGGGGCGCUGGUGUCCAGAAGCCAACCUGCAGCACUCCGAAUUCACCAAGAAAUUAGAAGAGUUCCUGUUUGGCUUGGAGGACAAUCACCCAGAGGACCUGUGUAGCGAUGUGGAGGAUGUGACAGGCCAGUGUGAGAGGAUCAGUGAGCAGCUUCUCUCUCUGGAGGACCAGCUGCAAGCAGCCAUUGACACCCAGGACCACCAGCUCACUCUGUCUUUGGAGAGAGAGGUGAAGGAGGUGAAGGUCACCCUCCAGGCGAUGCUGAUGCAGCUGCAAGAUGAAGAUGAUGAUGAGGAGGACAGGGAGCAUGAUGAAGAGCCAGAGGAGGAGGAGGAGGAGGUUGAGGAGGAAGAUGAAGAACAGUACCAUGACAUCAUGGAUGACGUGGACGUGGAGGAUGAUCACUACUUCAGUGAUAACUGGGAUAUUUGAGUGGAGCCGUGCAUUUGGCCAGAGGCGUUGAGGCUGAUCUGUUUGGAAGGAGAUCCUGAAGAUUGCUGCACAGUCUAACCACUCAUCAGACAGACAGCAGUGAUCCUAUGGGGCCAGGCUUUCAUACACAUUCCAUACAAUGUUUGCCUGUGGUAGCAUAUACUUUUUUGUAUCACUGUGUGUGUGUGUGUGUGUGUGUGUGUGUGUGUGUGUGUGUGUGUGCGUGUGUGUUAGAGAGUAUGUGUGUUUCAGUAUGGAUGUAUCUGUGUCUGUCUAUCAUCAUUAAGUGUGCUGUGUUUUUGAUGAUCAACUCUAAGAACAUCAGCAAAAACUAAGUGUAUUUGUUCACUUCCCCAUGUUUCGCAAAUCAGUAGUUAUAUGCAUUAAUUGGACCACAAACUUGUAAUCAUUAUUUAUGCAUAGAGCAUAUGGCAGUUGGAUCACCUUCAAGUUGUGGUAUGUCAAAGAGAUGCUAAAUCAUUCAUGGUUUACAAUAUACAAUACUUGCUGUAAGGAGGCAGCUGUCAUAUAUGUUACUACAGCGUUAUUAUAUAUUAUUUCACUGGCAUUUGUUUUUCAUUUGCAGUUGUUAUAAAGCCAACAGAGAAGUUUGAGGAGGCGUUUGAGCCAUUAUUGUAUAAUGGAUAUUGUUAUUAGGCAGGCCACACAGAGAACCUGCCCCAGUAUGAGACAGGCCCACUAGGGAAGGGAAUUAUCUCCAACUUGAAACGGGAGCGAUUGAUUUUUAGGACACUUAAUGCAGGCUAAGCCAAUUUAAGUCACUGAUAUUUAUUUAUAUGAUUUUUUUUUUAAACAUUCCUGUUUUGUAUGAUUGUAUGGAUUUUAUUUAUUGUUUUUUUGGAUGCAUUUAAUGUAAUGUCUUGAAUAUUCAUUUGUCUACAGUUUACACUGAUUUUUUUUUUAAUUUCAUAGUGGCAACACAGCUGCACACAUCAUAAUGCAAUUCACAUCACAUCUAAGGCCAACAUAUAUUUAAGAGAGGCAUACUUUCUCUAAGGUUAAGAUGCAACAUUGCAAUCGUAUCUUUCUUGUCUGUUUAGGUGUGUGUGUGUGUGACACAUUUUAAUGGUAAAUGGAUGUAGCAUUUUUUCAGGUAACGAUUGGACAUCAGCGAUAAAGUGGUCCAUGAUUAAAGCAAUUGUGGUGCGUCAUCGACUUAAUUAAGCUAACAGGCUAGUUUGGUCUUUUGUCCUUCUUUUUUUAAUCACUGACUCUGACUGUCUACGUACAGGAUUUGUCUGUGCAAAUGUGUUUCUUAUGCUUCUUUGAAAAGCAUGUUUUGUGGGAAACUGAAGGACAUAUAUUUUCUAGUCAUUUUGGUGGUAUUGCCCUGUUUUUUAAGCACUUUGUUAACAUUAUGAAGGAUCUUAUUGUUUUGUUUUAAAUGCAAGGGGCCAGCUAAUGAAGUCCUUUCACUCUUACCAAGCACGGUUUGGGAUGAAUGUUUAUCUCUAGGCUUUUAUCCAUAACAGCUUUAAAACCACUGUAGGGUACUGAGCCACUGGUGUCUCAUUCUUCCUCUCUCGCAAUAUUCUUCCUCUUAUAUCUAUAAUGCCUUGACUUUUAUAUGCUUAUGGUUCAAAAGUAUGCUUUUAAUUGUUUAUAAACUGUUAUAAAUGUAAGCACCAAUGGCAUGUUUGUAAUUGUAUUCACUUUCUGAAAAUAAAUGAAGAAAAAAAGAACAA